AUGGCGUCGAACGAGAGCACACCGAGGGUAGAGCUCUCCGAUUCAGCAGUCACUCUUCCUUCGGACUCGGAGAACUACUCAGCCACUAUCGAGCUGUCUCCCCCAUCCGGGCCUGCUCCCGCUGCUCCUGUGACUCUUUACACGCCCCCAUCCUACUGGCGGAUAAUACAGGGUGCCGCUAUCAACCUCAUCCUCCCUUUCGUCAACGGGCUCAUGCUUGGAUUUGGAGAGCUAUUUGCACAUGAGGCAGCCUUUAGACUAGGCUGGUCGAAUACAAAAGUAUUCCCUACCCAUCGACGGACGCAGCAGCCCAUCGGCGGCGGAAUUGAUCUCCGCGAUAUACCACAGCGCAGGCGGUAA